UAAAAACACUGGAAUACAAUAGCAGAUAGCAGUUGUGGCAAAAAAUUGCCAUCAAUUGUUCAACGCACAUUUUGAGCGAUUGAUAAGCUGAAAAAAAAGAUGAUUUUAAAAUUACAUUUCAAUUUUAUAUACAAACUUCAAACGUAUGAAAAACUGAAAUUUUACUAAUACGCUGGAUUCCUCUUUCCACCAGCAUUUCAAUGAGGAGUCACAAACCAUAGGGUUACUUUGAAAAAAAUCAUGUUGACGGUGGUUUCAGCUACCGCUGGAGGGAUAUAUUAUCUCGAUAUUGCUUGCAAAAGGGGGGUAUAUAAAUACAUUAAAUCGUUGACGUAUGCCGGGAAUUUUUAGAAAAGAUAUUCACCUCCCUGCUAAAGAAUUCAUUUCAGUUAAAGUCUCCACACAGUAUAAUAUCUAAGCAUUCUUGUUUUUCCUUAUAAAGUUCAGACAUUGAUUCAGAGAUAUAUAGCGGGCUGUCUGUUUUUCUCGAAAAGGAAGCAAGAUAUGAAAAAAAUAGCAGAGAUUAUACACUCCCCAAAAUAGCAAGAGACAGAAAGGACACACUCCCAACAGUGCGCGAUGAUGAAGUGUGCUUUCAUCCUUCUAACAUUAUUAGCGUUUUGCUACUCUUCGCCAGUAGGCGGCGGUAGGAAAAUCUCCAUAGGCGAAGAUGGUUCCAUCAAGAUCCUAGGGCAAUAUGGAAGGUGGGUGAUUAUUUCGAAGAACUCCCAGAAUCACGGCAAGAACAUCGAAAUCGCAGUUGGAAGUCCUUCUGGAGUCUUCGAGAAGAUAUACCUUGACGUAGAAAACAACUCGAAGAGUGUUGAUGCUGGGGAGGAAAGACCAAGAAAUGCAGCAGACAUCAUUUAUGGAAUCUUCCAACAAUACCAAGGAGUUGUUGAUGAUCAAUCUUAUAACAACCUGUUGUUGAAAGUACAUAGCUAUGUCCAGUCAGGAGAUUUGAGCCCCUCCGUCUACAAUAUUUUGAGAGGAAUACAUGGUGAUAUCAAACUACUAGGAGAUCAAGUUGAAACAGAAUAUGGUAUUCAGCAGAACGGUGGAUCAUCUGGAUCUCGAUUGGGUGGAAACCACCAUGGUGGUGUUCAAUAUGGAAGCUUCCUCAACGGUUUGAGACAAAAUGUAGCCUGGCAAAAAGAUCCUUUGUAUGUCAACAAAUACGAGGUACCACAAUUAGACGAACCAGUAUUAUAUGGAAGAGUUCCAGUUGAUUCUGAGUAUGAUGUCCAAUAUCCAGCAUAUGGAAACGUUCUUAGCAGUCAGAGAGAUGCAGAAGAGCAACUCGAUGGAUACCUGCCAGUCUCCAGAGAAUUGCUGAGUCUCUACAAGCCACACCUGAACUACUAUCAACAAUGGGCAAAUCAUGCCGACUACGAGUCUGUACAACAGGGCUACAAACUGUACCUGCAGCUGAUUAACAUUCAGCACUCCCAACUGAGCUCUGUACAGCAAGAAAAAUUAAAUAUCAUUCACCAACAGUGGGUCAACUUCCAGAAACAACUCAGCCCUGAAGAACUCAAACAAUUAUCCUACUUGUACGAGCAGUGGAUCAACUGUGAACAAGUGCUCAGCGCUGAACAAUAUCAUUGCGACAAUCUCCAUGGUGAAUGGACCAGUUUUCAACAAAGCUUGAGCCUUGGCCACCGCCAAACGCUCAGUAAAAUUUACAAACAAUGGAUUGCAAUUCAACAGGAAUUGAACUUCGCGCAGUUGAGUCAACUUGAACAACUGUGGUCCAAUUUGUACCAACGAUGGGUCAGUUUAGGAGAAAAACUUAGUUUUGAACAGCAAUAUCAACUCAGCGUUAUUUUACCACGAUGGAUUGAAUACAAUCUACAAAGGGUAAGCGGAAUAUGGAGUCAACCCCAGCAAUACCAAUACUACAAUCUCCGCUACCAAUUGGUCAAACUGUACGAACAGCUGAGUGUUGAACAACAACAAGAACUCAACUAUAUUUACCAGAUUUGUGUUAUGAUAAUGCGCCAGCAGAUCAAUCCUGGAGAGUGGAUACAAGUGGGAUACCGAUUGAAAAGUUUCGUUCAUCAACUGUUCUCUGGUCCACAAGAAAUGAAAUCUGUGCAGAACCACUACUUCAUUAGAUUCUACCAGGAGUGGGUUAAUUAUGUAGAGAAUCUGGUCAAUCUUGAACUAACAUUGCAAAACAUCUAUGAAAGAUGGGUUAUGUUCCAACAGCAGCUGAACCAAGAACAAUUACAACAGUUCAGAGCUUUCUUCCCCCAAUGGAUCAGUCUGAGAGUACAGAAAUUUAGUGGCAUCUGGAGCGAGCUUGAUGAACAAAAAUACGAAGUCAUGCAGAAUAAGUGGAAUGCAUUCCAACAACAGCUGUCUAGUGCCCAGAAACAAUUGUUGGUUGAUCUCUCCAGAGCUUGUCAUUUGAUCUCACAACAAAAUAUCGAUAGUAUUAGCUGGAGCAGUUUGUUAUAUCCAUUGGAUAUUUUCGUUCGACAGUUGAUCGUUUCUAAUCAACAAAACAUUGGACGCAAAGAACAACUAGAGUUUUACGAGAUCUUCCAAAGCUGGAUUGAAUAUUAUGUAAGCCAUAGACUCAAUUUUGAACAAUUCAGGAGCAUUUAUGGGCAAUCUCAGUAUCACGAUCAGUUGAUACGAUCUGGAUAUUUUGGUGAAGUACAACCGGUUGUGUGGGGCCAACAAUAUUUGUAUUCACACAGUCGUCAGCCGAAUGUUAUCAGCCCAUGGGGAAACUUCAUGUUUCAGAAAGCUCAUCAAAAUCAAAUUGUUCCAGAACAAUUGUUGCAAUAUGGCGUCGUUUAUUGAAAUUGAGUGAAUGCAUUUCAUGUCUUGUCUUUUUUCGGAAUCAAUAAAUGAUGAGUUCAUA